CUACCACAGAGUUAGAAACCUAUUUAUCAGGAAGUAUGGCAACCACAACCUCCGUACAGGAAGCAAGCAGUGCCGAGGGACAUCCAGUCAAGCUCACCGUUGCAUAUGACGACAAGAUCCACUCUGAUUCUCCGUACGCUGCAUACCUCCCAGUCUACGAUAAUACCACCAGGUUCCCACCAACGGAGCUUUUUGACUUCCAUGAUCGCGGACACAACGCAGAUCCAGCCAAACCAAAUCUGCUCUCGAAAGACAAUUCCGCCCUCAAGGUCACCAAGCUGACGCCGCGGGUGGGCACGGAAAUCACCGGCCUGCAGCUGUCCCAACUGACCGACGCGCAAAAAGAUGAGUUGGCGCUGCUCAUCGCCGAACGAGGAGUCGUGGUCUUUCGAGAUCAAGACUUCAAAAACAUCGGCCCGGAGAAGCAGAAGGAAUUUGGAAAGUACUUCGGCCGACUGCAUGUGCAUCCGGUUGGUGCGCAUGUGAAGGACCACAUCGAAUUCCACUCCAUCUAUAUCGGCAAGGAUAAUCUUUACCGCCUCGGACGCAGCGCUACCAAACUUACUACGACUGGUUACCAUUCAGAUGUCUCAUACGAACACCAACCUCCUGCCAUCACGCUACUCACCCUCGUCCAGGUCCCUGAGACAGGCGGCGACACUGCCUGGACAUCGCAAGUAGCGGCAUAUGACCGGCUAUCCGAGCCCCUCAAGAAGUUCCUAGAAGGACUCAAAGCCGAGCAUAGCGGGUUCGAACAAGCGGAAAAGGCGCGCAGCGACGGUCAUUUCGUUCGCCGUGAGCCCGUCCGCAGCUACCAUCCCGUCGUCAGAGUGCACCCGGUGACGAAGCAGAAGGCGCUGUUCGUUAACCCUGGGUUUACGAGGGGGAUUGUUGGCUUGAAGGAUGAGGAGUCAGAGGCAAUUCUGAAGCUGCUAUUCAAACACAUCUCGCAGAGUGCCGAUAUUCAGGCUCGUGUGAAAUGGGAUGACCGGACUGUGGCAUUGUGGGACAAUCGCGUUACGGCGCACACUGCCAUUUCCGAUUACGACGUAAGUGAUGGAGGAGAAGGGCUGAGACAGGGCUUCCGUAUUACUACACUAGGGGAGGUCCCGGAAGGCGUGAACGGACUGAGAUCGACUUGGGAGUGA